GCUUGCACAGAAGCCGGACACUUCUGGAAGUUGGUCCGGCACGCUGUUGUUGUUGCAUUUCUCUCUCCUCCUGGUUUGGUCUUGAUGGAUUUUUCUUUUUCGCUAUUAGUUUUGGGUUCCCCCUUGCUAUUUUGCAUAUACCAUCUGCUCGUCUACAUACCACCAUGUACACUCAUAACCGUCAUGUUUUCUAUUCUUUUCUUGAUGAACCUCAGAGUUCAACAUUUUUGGAAAGCUGCAGUGCAGCCUCGGCUCGGACCUUCUGUUUUCUUGUCGUCCUCAAUACCCCUUUUGCGUAUACCAUUUCCCAUCAUCAUCAUCAUCAUCGUCGUCGUUUGUUUUUGUCGGUCAUGUCACGUCAUGUCACACAGUGUUUCUUGUACAGGUUUCUCUUGUCUUGGGUGGUUAUCUGCUGCUUUUGUCCUUGUUCAUCCGGCCGCUUGAGUGCCUACCAUGUUAUGUACCAGGAGGGAGGGAAUGCCAGCCAGCAAUGACAAUUUUGUUGACGGCGCACGCACACGCAUACGCAUAACUACUAAGAUGAUUGUGGGGAUAUGUAUAGUAUUAUGAGCUAUGAGCCAUGAGUAGUAGGAAGGAAGAAGGGGUCACUACUGGGUAGUGAAGG